AUGAGUUCAGGGGGUGUUAAAAGGCAAAUGCAAACUGCCAUUGUUCCACAAACAGAAACUAAUCAAGAUAUUGCUUCAUUAUCAACCAUUGGAAUGAGAAUUAGAAAAGCAGUAUCAGAUGGGUAUAAUAAUCCCAAUUCAGAUGUUAAUCAAUAUAGUUAUCAAAGUCAAUUCACUGCAGGCAGUUAUAUUCAAAGAGUACCCUUGCCCAGUCAUAUGAUGGAUCAACCUCCUUCAUUAACUAAUAUGGGAUCAACUCUUGAUUCUUCAGCUUCAAAUUUAGCGGAAUGGGAUAGUAAAUAUCAAAUUAAUAAUGCUCCAAUCCAAACCAUUGAUCAAGGCAUAAAUUAUAAUAAACGUAAAUUGGAUGAUCAUGAUACUGGUGAUGAUCAAAGAAAUGAUGUUAACCUUUAUACAUCAAAAUAUGGAGAAUUGAAGUUUAAUGAAGAGUUUUAA